CCCUAGAACCUCACUCCUCUUAAUUGAACUGCAUUUUCCACUUCUUUUUAAUUUCCAGAAAUUUUGAAGAAAAGCAGAGGGAUAAUUAUAUAUACAUAGGGAAAUGCCUCCGAAAGCAGCAAAAUCGAAGGAAGCACCUGCCGAGAGGCCCAUCCUCGGACGCUUUUCUUCUCACCUCAAAAUUGGAAUUGUUGGGUUGCCUAAUGUGGGGAAGUCAACACUAUUCAACACACUGACCAAGCUAUCUAUACCCGCUGAGAACUUUCCCUUCUGUACAAUUGAGCCCAAUGAGGCUCGUGUCAAUAUCCCCGAUGAGCGAUUUGACUGGCUUUGCCAACUCUUUAAGCCUAAGAGCGAGGUUUCAGCUUUCUUAGAAAUUCAUGAUAUCGCUGGACUUGUUCGUGGUGCUCAUGAAGGACAAGGAUUGGGAAACAAUUUCCUGUCUCAUAUCCGUGCAGUUGAUGGAAUUUUUCAUGUUUUACGUGCAUUUGAAGAUCCUGAUAUUAUCCAUGUUGAUGACCAAGUGGAUCCCGUGAGGGAUUUAGAGACUAUAUCUGCAGAAUUGCGUCUGAAGGAUCUCGAGUUCAUGGAGAGGAGAAUUGAAGAUCUUGAAAAGAGCAUGAAGAGGAGCAAUGACAAGCAACUGAAAAUUGAGCAUGAGUUAUGCCUACGGGUCAAAGCCUCUCUGGAAGAAGGAAAAGAUGCCCGCCUGGUGGAUUGGAAAGCUGCUGAUGUUGAGAUCUUGAAUACUUUUCAAUUGCUUACCGCGAAGCCUGUUGUUUACUUGGUAAACAUGAAUGAGAAAGAUUAUCAAAGAAAAAAGAACAAAUUUCUCCCGAAGAUCCAUGCUUGGGUGCAGGAACAUGGUGGUGAAACUAUGAUCCCUUUCAGUUGCUCUUUAGAGAGGAAUCUUACUGAUUUGUCCCCUGAUGAAGCUGCUAAGUAUUGUGAGGAGAACAAGGUUCAAAGUGCUCUUCCAAAGAUCAUAAAGACUGGAUUCUCAGCCAUCAAUCUUAUAUACUUCUUCACUGCAGGACCCGAUGAGGUUAAGUGCUGGCAAAUUCGUCGGCUGACUAAAGCUCCUCAAGCUGCUGGAGCAAUUCAUACUGAUUUUGAAAAAGGUUUCAUAUGCGCUGAGGUUAUGAAAUUUGAAGAUUUAAAGGAACUCGGGUCUGAGCCAGCCGUAAAGGCGUCUGGAAAGUAUCGACAGGAGGGAAAGACGUACAUCGUCCAGGAUGGAGACAUUAUUUUCUUCAAAUUUAACGUUUCUGGUGGUGGCAAGAAAUGAGGUCUUUUAAUAUGUUUAUUUUUCAAUACCAAUUUUACUGGUCGAAUUGAAAAAUUGGACACUAAGUUAUGUGUAAUUUUGCAUUUGAUUUAUCUGUUUCAUGAGAGUUGUACAAAUUUUGAUAUCUUUGAUUAGAGCAUGAAGAUUUUAUCGUGUUGUACUUUAUCAAAGUUGAGUUGAUCAUGUUUUCUGCAAUUAGAACAGGUAAAACAAGUUUAUGCUUUUGUGUUAGAACUGCAGAGAUUGAUAAAUAAAUAAAUUUAGAGAUUGAUGGUUAUUGAAAUACUCUGUUGUAAUAAAUGAUUGCCAAUUAUGGCAGUAAG